AUGAGUACUAGAAAUUCAAAGAGAAUUGCAAACAAUCCUAAACCUGCUAAACCUGCUAAACGAGGCCAUAAAAAACAAAAUGCUUUAAGUAUUAAUGUUAAUAAUUUACAAGAUAAAACAAAAGUUAGUACAGCUAGUAAGAGAAGUUGCAAAAAAAAUCAAGAAGUAGUUGCUUCUUCAUCUUCGCAAGUAGUUGAUGAACUCUUGAGCAAUAACGACAAAGCUGCAAGUACUAGCAGAUUAUCUCAAUCUCCAGAUAUUAUACCUUCACAGAAAUAUUCGCCAGCUCUAGGAUUAGGAAUUGGAUUACCAAUUUUAAAAUUAGAAAAUAUAUCUCCAACUUUAGAACAACUUUCACCAACUUUAAAGUCAAGGACUGUGCCUCCACAACGAGCUUUAGGGUCAAGAACUAAUAUUCUAAAUAAUUCUACUUCUUUCUAUCAGCUUCCAACUAAUCCAGUAUUCGCGCCUUUAAGAACAUCAUCAAUUCUAGAAUCGAACUUUUCAAAUAGUGCAUUGAGCCAUGCUAAUUCUAAUAGUGUAACCAUUCCAUCAAUAUUUAACGAAAUAACAAUUUAUCAAAUUUGUCUAUGGCUAUAUGCAAAUCCUAAUAUUUUGCAACUUGCAAAUUAUAUGAACUUAUCGAUGCAAACUUCAGCUGCAGAUGGCUCACAAUUUAUGCCCUCUAUCUCUUUAGCAUUAUCAAAUACAAUGCAAAAUCAAAACGAUAAAUGUUUCUUUCUUCGUACUCGAAAUCCUCCCAAAAAAGCACUUGAGGAUUUAGUACGACAAAUUAUUAAAUAUGAUCUCAAUUCAACUGAAGGCAUUAAAUGGCUCCAAAUCGCUAAAAGACACUUUGGUGACUUUCGCAACAAAUUAAUCAAUGGUGUUGAGGUUUCAAGAGAUAUUGAAGGGACAAGGGCAUUAGAUAGAUUAACAAAAAAUAUUGCUAUUCCAUCACGAAACGGCAAAAAUUUCGCUAGUAACAUAAAAUUAUAA